AUGUCAGUGCCAACCAGUCUGAUCAUCGUAUGUUGCCAUGGAAUUUGGACCGGUGGUCCGUCCAAGGGCAAAGGCGAACACGAAUGGCUAAUCGCUGACUUUCAAAAAGGCGAGACGGACACAUUUGCCGCUCACGCCCGCGCGGGAAUAGAGUGCCUGGUCCGAGAACCUGACUCGGCGCUGGCAUUUUCAGGAGCGGCGACAAGAAAGGAGACGAAGCUGUCGGAAGCACAGAGUUAUGCCAAUCUCGCCCACGCCAACCAAUAUUGGGGUCUGGCAGAAGAAGUACCGCCAAAUAUUUUGAUAGAAGAUCGCGCGCUGGACUCGUACCAUAACAUUCUAUUCAGCAUAACUCUGUUUUAUAGCCGCUUUUCAGUCUGGCCGCAACGCAUCACAAUCGUUAGUCACGGCUUCAAGCGGCUACGGGUGCUUCAUGGACACUGCGUUGCUAUUGGAUAUCCCCUAGACCGCAUUCACUACGUUGGAAUCGAUCCUCCUGGAAUGGAAGAUGCUUCGAAUUUCUCCGUUGCAGGCGUUGAGCAAGCAAAGGAUGAAUGGACACUUGAUCCUCAUGGCAGGGAUGCAAGUUUGGCUUGUAAACGAGAACGCAGGAAUCCAUGGCAUGUGUCCCAGGGUGUUUUCCCACAAGAAAGCGAACUAAAUGAUAACUGUGGUUUAAUGAUUCGUCAUUUGAAUGGGGGAGAAACGCUUGACGAGGAUGCGCCCCGUCCUUGGAUGUAA